AAUUACUAACUCUCUCGUUCGCCAUAUAUGGCCUUACGACAAUGUGUCUACCGCAGAUUGUAUAUUUGUUCAAGAAUGCGAAUGAGUUAGAUAAGAUGCUUGAACUCAUGCCAACUCUAACGGGCACAGUGAUAUGUAUUAUGAAAGUCAUUAGUUUGACUUAUAACGUCGAGAAGUUUAAGAUGCUCCUGCGACAGACAUGCGAGGACUGGGACAGUUUAUUAACGAUCGAAGAAACACAGAUUUUAACGCGUUACGCCGAAAAUAGUCGAAAAUUCACAUUGCUGUAUUCAAUUUGUGUAAUCGGAUUUGUAUGCUGUUAUGCUUUCCUACCUCUUAUUGAACCUAUACUCGACAUUAUUUCACCUCUAAACGAAACAAGACCCAGAAAAAUGCAACAUUCAAUGGACUACGUUGUUCUCGACCUAGAAAAGCAUUAUUACUUGAUACUAUUGAAUACAUAUCUCGGUUAUAUCGUAUGUCUCAUGAUCGCGGUAGCUACCGACACCAUGUACGUUGUAAUGGUGGUGCAUAUUUGCGGAAUGUACAAUAUAUUAUGUAAUCGCCUAGAGAAAAUAACAACAUAUGAUAAUUACACGUACCAGCAUGACGAAAUCGGUCGACGUGUGAGGCACUGUAUUCAAUUACACAAAAGAAUAAAAUUAUUCAUAGAGACAAUGGAAUCUACAUUUGCGUUAUUUCUUCUGUUUGAUAUCGGAGGAGGAUUUUUACUGCAUACUUCUUCAUGCAUAAUGAUCGUGAUUCGGAUAGGAUCAUCUGAAAUUGUGCGAUACGUGGCCCUCGUGAUAAUGCAAAGUUGUCGAUUAUUUUUCAAUAGUUGGGCAGGACAACAAGUGAUCGAUCAUAGCCUCGAAGUUUCGAUUGCAGCUUACAAAGCAGUAUGGUAUAACAUAUCUGUAAAAACGCAAAAAUUACUGAUAUUGCUAAUUGCAAGGAGUCAGAAACCUACGCAAAUAACAAUGGCAAAGUUAUAUAUUAUCAAUCUGCAAGGUUUCAGUACGGUAAUGAGAACAUCAGUUUCUUAUUGUACAGUAAUGAUUUCAUUGCGCGAAUCAUCAUAG